GUAACACCCGCACUAAACGCUACGUGUACGUGCGUGCGUGUGUGUGUGUGUGUGUGUGAGUGUGCGUGUGGGUAGCUGGGCUGGGAACCUGAUGAUCCUUCCUUCCUGAUGGUCCCUGGUGGCUGGUCCUGCCCUGGUCAGACCGGGAAGGAAGCCACAGCGACUCAAUCUGUCACUCGGUGAAUCUCGUCAAAUCGCGCUGUUCCGCUCGUUAUCACACCCAGUAUCAACCCCUUCCCUUCCACUACCCCUGUCUGAUCGCAACGUCUGGUAUGAGUGUGUGCGUCGCGUUACGAGUGUGCGUUCGACUACCAGGGGCUCCAUCACUCUAGACCCCCCAAUUCGAGCCUUGUUUCGAGACUAAACAGUGUGUUGGAGAGAGAGAGAGAGAGAGAGAGAGAGAGAGAGAGAGAGAGAAAGAAAAGAAUUGUGAGUUUGUGUGGCUGCAGCAGGUGCCCCCCCACCAGGAUGCCACUGUACUCGGAGCUGUACCACAACUUUGUGGGCAACACGCCAAUCAUCCCGACCCCGAUCUCGGUCGGUUCGGCCAGCUACAGCCCACCGACGUACGUCGGUGUGUCGCGUGCCUACCCGAACGCCCUGACCGGUGCGGGCGGGCGGACGAGCGUCACCCAUCCCACCUUCAGCCGCGGGUACGUACCGAAGCUGACGCCGAUCACCGAGACACCGCUGACCAGCACGCGGAUCGCGGCACUUGGGCGCGUCAGCUCGCCCAAGUUCCUGCACCACACCGGGCCGGCCGGUACCGGUACCGGUUCCAGCAUAGCCGGCCAUGCCGGCCACGGGCACGUGUCGCCAACGUACCAGAAACCUCGGCGCACCAUCAACACGGCCGACAUCGACGUGUCCGCGUCCAAGUACGCGUCCCGCUCGUCCCCGUCACCAUCGUCAACACUCCUGUCGCAGCGCGGUAAAACCCUGGUCGACUCGUACGUCGGCACCAGUCCACCGGCGGCCGGUGUGCACCUCAACCAUCACCACCACCACCACCACCACUCUACAAUCAACAACAACAACAGUGCACCAUCGGUUGCGACGUCACCCAGUGAAGGGACGGACACGCGCUCGGUGACACGCGAUCAAGAGCUCAGUGAGCGCAGCGAACAGCGGCGGGCACGCUCCACCAUCAACCGGAACCGGGCCGUGGUGCGGCUGAACACGAUCCGUGCCCGUAGCCGGUCACGCGGUAGCCGCGGUAGUACGGAGCGAUCGGAGCGCACCUCACCAGACACCACGACGACGGCGACGACGGCGACGACGGCGGCCGCAUCGACCGGGUACGAUGAGCAGAUGCUCCUGCUCGAACCCGCUACUACCCGGGGUAGUAGCUCGUGGCGGGACAACUUCCGCGAGGAGCUAUCGUUUCGACCGCGGCGUACCGAACCGACGAAAUCGCCCGGUGAGCUGCUGCUCGAAAAGCAUCUGAUACGGGAGGGGGUGGCGGCCGAACAGCCGCUCGAUACCGGCGGCCUUAUCCUUCGCUCCCCGGUCAUGAAGCGGCGCGGUACGGUGAACCGGCGGAAGAGCGGGGCCAAGAUACCGAGCUUCCACGAGAUCUGCGCCGACAUCAGCUCGGACAAGCUGGACGACGAUCUGAAUGCGGGCGAACUGCGGCGCCGGGCGUCCCAGCUGAUCGAGGAUGAGCUGCUCCAGUUCCAGGCGGAGCUGAAACAGGUGGCUGCCGCUGCCGCUGCCACGGGGAACGGCGCAAACGGUAGCGGUCCGGGUGGCGCACCCGGUGCCGUUCCGCCCGAGACGCUCGAGGAGCGGCUAAAGGAGGCACUCGAGCAGCAGAUACAGGAGGAUUCCGGUGUCGAGUUUGCCGAGAAGCGCAAGCAGAAGAAGGUGAAGCGCACCAAGACGAAGGUGCUACCGCGGUUAGAGUGCGUGGAACAGCAGCAGCAACAGGACACCGUGACCGCCGUAACCGGGGACGUGGUGGUGGAGAAUGCGCCACCACCGCGGCUAGUGGCCGCGGUGGAAUCGAUCGAGGAGUGCACACUGUUCAAGCUGCCCAAGAAGAAGAAAAAGGCGGUAAGUGGUGAAGGAGCGGCGGAGAAAGAGGAGCAAAGCACACCGAAGAAGACGGCGGCGCUGAGCAAGUCCGUGGUCACGAGCGGCACGGUACCGGUGCCGGUUUCGCACCAGGCGGUGGUCUCCACCGUCGGUGGCAGCGAACCGAAACAGGCCGUACUGCUGCGGAACGGGUUCGGCGCGGAGGUGUCCCAAACGGCCGCCGAGACGAAGGAAAGUCAACCGAAAGCGGUACCGGCAGUGAAGCAGCAGGUGGGAAUCAAGACGUACGUACGGAAGAAAACGGUCGAGAAGCUCAGUGAACUGUCAGCGACAGUGGUGAGCGUGGAUAGUGACGCUGCUGCUGCUGCUGCACCAAAAGUAUUGCCAGCUGAACCGCCAAAGGUGCAGGAAUCGGGGAGCACAACUGUGGAAGUGCUGGCGGCCAAGAGAGUAGUUCCCAAGGAGCAACAGCAGCCGCUGGCACUCGAUGAGAAGAAGUUUCCGAAUCAGAACUCGACGGAGCCCUUGAAAGUGAAGCAAGCUGGUGCUGCUGCACCAAAAGUAUUGCCAGCUGAACCGCCAAAGGUGCAGGAAUCGGGGAGCACAACUGUGGAAGUGCUGGCGGCCAAGAGAGUAGUUCCCAAGGAGCAACAGCAGCCGCUGGCACUCGAUGAGAAGAAGUUUCCGAACCAGAACUCGACGGAGCCCUUGAAAGUGAAGCAAGCUGGUGCUGCUGCACAAAAAGUAUUGCCAGCUGAACCGCCAAAGGUGCAGGAAUCGGGGAGCACAACUGUGGAAGUGCUGGCGGCCAAGAGAGUAGUUCCCAAGGAGCAACAGCAGCCGCUGGCACUCGAUGAGAAGAAGUUUCCGAACCAGAACUCAACAGAGCCCUUGAAAGUAAAGCAAGCUGGUGCUGCUGCACAAAAAGUAUUGCCAGCUGAACCGCCAAAGGUGCAGGAAUCGGGGAGCACAACUGUGGAAGUGCUGGCGGCCAAGAGAGUAGUUUCCAAGGAGCAGCAGCAGCCGCCGGCACUCGAUGAGAAGAAGUUUCCGAACCAGAAUUCGACGGAGCCCUUGAAAGUGAAGCAAGCUGGUGCUGCUGCACCAAAAGUAUUGCCAGCUGAACCGCCAAAGGUGCAGGAAUCGGGGAGCACAACUGUGGAAGUGCUGGCGGCCAAGAGAGUAGUUCCCAAGGAGCAGCAGCAGCCGCCGGCACUCGAUGAGAAGAAGUUUCCGAACCAGAAUUCGACGGAGCCCUUGAAAGUGAAGCAAGCUGGUGCUGCUGCACAAAAAGUAUUGCCAGCUGAACCGCCAAAGGUGCAGGAAUCGGGGAGCACAACUGUGGAAGUGCUGGCGGCCAAGAGAGUAGUUUCCAAGGAGCAACAGCAGCCGCUGGCACUCGAUGAGAAGAAGUUUCCGAACCAGAAUUCGACGGAGCCCUUGAAAGUGAAGCAAGCUGGUGCUGCUGCACCAAAAGUAUUGCCAGCUGAACCGCCAAAGGUGCAGGAAUCGGGGAGCACAACUGUGGAAGUGCUGGCGGCCAAGAGAGUAGUUCCCAAGGAGCAACAGCAGCCGCUGGCACUCGAUGAGAAGAAGUUUCCGAACCAGCACACGACGGAGCCCUUGAAAGUGAAGCAAGUUACUGCUGCUACUCCUGGAGUAACCGUUGCAGAGCAGUCGACGAAGAAGUCCGAAUCAUGCAGCCCUACGGACACUGGCGUCCAACUAGAGUCCAGCACUGGCGCUAGCAAAGCUGGAACUGUACCGGUACCAAAAGCAGGCCAGGGCAACGUUGCCUCGGCCCAGCCUGAUUUCCAGGCCAGUCUGGCGGCCGGUUCCAAACCAGCGUCCAGCAAGCUGCAGCAACCGGCAGCCGGUGCACCAGCCCCCAAACCAGUGGAAGAACCAAAGGCGGCCCCGAAAGCGAUCGGUGGCCUGAAGCCGGCGGUACGCAAGAAACCGCUCGAGCUGUCAACGGUGGACGAGGUUGACUUCUGGAGUACGAUCGGGACGCGUGAAACCGUCUCGUUUGCUCGGCGAAAGCAACAGCAGCUGGGCGGUGAUCUGCGGCCACGAUUCAUCGAGGAGGAACAGGAGGACGGUUCAUCGUCUUCGGCGUCGGCCGCCUCACCGACCGUCCACCAGAAGCAGUUCCGUGAAGCGUUCGGUCACUCCACACCACCGACCACACCGACAGCUACUGUUGCACCGGCACCGGGGGAGCGCAAACAGCUAGCAAAUGGGCAGCGGGGGGCACCAACACCGUCCGAACAGAGCAAAGCAGAUGGUGGUAAGGCAGUGCAGCCGCCCGUCUCACCGGCGGUCAACCAAGGUGCAACGGAUCCAGGAAAGCGGCUUCCUUCCGCAGCCGCCGAAAAACCUUCACCACCAGCGUCACAGGGGGCGGCCAAACCGGGUGUCGGUGACCCGGUGCCGAAGGUGGUGGCACGCGUCACCGAGCCACUUCCGGGCGGCGGAAGUACACUCGGUGCAUCGACCGGUUUGCCGGGGCACGUGCCACUCGACACGAAGAAGCUCUCGCCGAAGGAGCUGAUCAAGGCGGUGGCACCGAACAUUGCGGCGGCCGUUGAGCAGAAGAAGCGAUCCGAGGAGCAAUGUAAACAAAGCCUCGCUCAGACCCCGGUGGCGAGCCCGAGCACCACGAUCACUACCACGAUGAUGACGACAACGACGACGACGACGACGACGACGACGACAACGACGAUGACUACCAUGAUGAACGAGGAGCCCACCACCAAGAAGGUGGUGAAGAAGGUGGUGAAAGUGGUGAAAACGAAAACGGCUACCGGUACGGGGCCCGGUGAUCAGCCUGUGGCCAAGGAUGUGCCACCGGCCACGCUGGUCACCAAAGCGAAGCAACCGCCACCACAGAACAAGCCACCCAGCGUCAGCAUCACCAAGGACGAAAAGGUGCAGCAGCAGCAGACGCUCGAGCGCAUGAA